AUGGCGCAAUUUAAAUACGUCAAUGAAUUGCAGAGCCUGCUAAAACUGGACGGGCCGUUGACGAAGGGGCCGAUGCCUCGCUGGCAGAAAAAGGCUCUCGAACAAUCAGCGAAUUCAACGAUGAAUUCCUCCAAGAACGUGACGCUCAACACGAGUAGUAAAACUCCAACGAAACGCAACGGUACUGAUGUGCUCAAGCGUAGAAGUCCCACGGGUAAGACACCCUCGCAGAACAAAUCUCCAAGCCGCUCACGAGGCACAACCCCGAAUAAAGGCAACAAAACGCCGACAAGUUCCGGCGAUCGUUUUAUUCCAUCUAGAAGUGCUACAAAUUUUGAUUUGGCACACUAUAAAAUAACUCAUGACACGGAAUGUGAGAGUCCUACACAACAAGAAAUGCAGAGAGUAAUGUGUGAAAACAUCCAAGGCUUGGACAUAAACAAGAAAAGAGUCUUAGCUUACCAAAAGAAGGCCCCAACUGCACCUGAUGGCUUCCAGAACCCUAUGCGAGUGCUCUUCAGCCAAACAAAGACACCAGCAUCGGUGAAAAAUGCAUCCAGAUACAUUCCACAAGCCCCGGAUCGUGUUCUAGACGCGCCUGAAAUUGUAGACGAUUAUUAUCUUAACUUAUUGGAUUGGAACAGUAAUAAUGUCCUAGCUGCUGCACUUGGACCCACCGUUUACCUAUGGAACGCAGGAACUGGCAAAAUCGACUGUUUAAUACAACUAGAAGGCAAUGAUUACGUCUGUUCGGUUGCCUGGGUCCAAGAAGGCGAUUAUUUAGCUGUGGGAACCAUUAAUGGCACCGUAGAACUCUGGGAUUGUGCGCAACCAAAACGCUUACGUAUAAUGGACGGUCAUUCCGGUCGUGUCGGCGCUCUCGCUUGGAACAACUACGUUCUAACAAGCGGUUCACGUAGCGGACACAUCAUCCAUCAUGAUGUGCGUCAGCGCGAUCAUAUCCUCACGACAAUCCCGGCGCAUACUCAGGAAAUCUGCGGGUUAAAAUGGUCUACAGAUGGUCGAUUCCUUGCUAGCGGUGGAAACGACAACACUCUGCAUAUCUUCGCCGCCAUUUCAGGCUCAUGUCAUACGGGUAGCGUACCUUUAUACACAUUCACAGCUCAUCAAGCCGCUGUCAAAGGCUUGGCAUGGUGUCCAUGGCAGCCGCAUAUUCUCGCCAGCGGUGGCGGUACUGCCGAUAGACAUAUUCGUUUCUGGAAUUGUAAUAACGGCACAAUGGUGAAUGCAGUCGAUACAAAAUCACAGGUUUGCUCAAUUCUCUGGUCAACAAAUUACAAAGAAUUAAUUUCCGGUCACGGAUUCGCCAAUAAUCAAUUGAUUAUCUGGAAAUAUCCGACGAUGACACGCAUUGCGGAAUUAACCGGUCAUACUGCGCGAGUUUUACACAUGGCGAUGUCGCCGGAUGGUUCAUCUGUCAUGUCCGCCGGCGCGGAUGAAACACUAAGACUCUGGAAGUGUUUCGCUAAAGAUGCCACCAAAGUGAAGAAGGAAACUGCUAAAGCGAAGACGAGCAUUCUCAACAAACAAUGUAUUCGUUAGUUUUAUUUAAUCUAUAGCAAUUUUUUUUAAAAUAUUUUACCCUUAACUUUAUUUGACACUGAAACACAACACAAAUACCUGUAAGAAAUUAGUUGAUUACUUUUCUAUUGAUUAAUUUCAAUGUUUGUGACUGUAUCUACUUCAUUGUAACAAUGACACUACGACUCAACGCAUUUGCGCAUUUUAAACUAUUAAUUAACUUUGAGAAACUAAUAAAUGGUGAAAUAUCCACUAUAAAAACA